CUCUCUCUAUAUCUAUAUCUAUACAUAUUCCACCAUAUCUACAUACUACAGAUACAAAUUUCAUAACAACCAUGGAGUGCAUUGAAGCAAGAGCUUUGAAAUCAAGUUUUUUGUCGGAAAUUGGCAUGAAAUCAACCCAACAAGCCUUGUUCGAAGAUUUAUUUUGUGUCGCCGGAAUCGACAACGUUGUUAACGUUUCCUCCUCCGUAGAAUUUUCCGUCGAUGAUCUAUUGGACCUAUCCGACAAGGAUUUUAAUAAUUCAGGUAUUGAAUAUUCCGAAGAAGACGAAGAGAGGGAUUUUUCUCAAGAUACCGGGAAUAAUUUGAUGAUUUCUAGCAAUUUUCCGAGCGCCGGCGACCUUGUGUCUCUUCCCGCCGGCGAAAUUCACCUUCCGGUUGAUGACAUGGAAUCCCUUGAAUGGUUAUCACAAGUUGUAGAUGACUCCACAUCCGACCUUUCUCUUUUGUUCCCGGCGGCAACUUUAACGGAGAAUUACACCGGAAAAUUCGCCGUAAAAACCCGACACGAACCGGUUGUCAGACCGGUGAUUCCAAGUUUUACCGUUUUGGGAUUAUCGUAUCCGGUUCCUCGAAAGUACCGAACCAAGCGGUCAAAGAAAACCGGCCGAGGUUGGUCCUCAUUGACCGAGUCAUCAAUCGGCACUUCAUCUUCAUACGACUCGACCGUUACUUCUUCACAUUUCCCAGACCCGGUUCAGCUUAUUGAAUCGUUUUUCAGUUUUCAGAAACCGGCAACAAAGAAGCACAAGAAAAACUCGGGUUCAGGGAGUUCGUCAGAUUCAAGUGGUUCUGUAACGCAACGUUGUUGUAACCAUUGUCAAGUUGAGAAAACACCUCAAUGGCGAACCGGUCCUUUAGGACCAAAAACAUUAUGUAAUGCUUGUGGGGUCCGGUUUAAAUCCGGUCGGCUAUUUCCUGAGUACAGACCAGCCUGUAGUCCCACUUUCUCUGACGAUAUCCAUUCCAACAGUCACCGGAAAGUGUUGGAAAUGAGGAAGAAGAAGGAAACGGAGGUUGUUGAACCGGAAUUUAGCUCGGGUUUUCAUACCUUUUCUAGUUGAGAAUGAACCGGCUAGGUAAGUAGUUCCGGUUCGGUUCAAAUUGUAACAUUUAUAGUGGGAUGUCUGAAGACUUUAGUUAGGUUCCUAAUGUUAGUUAGGGCGGUCUAAUUUAGGUACAAUUACAUUUUAGUCCCUCAUCCCAAAUUAAAUUUACAUUAAAGUUCUAAUUUUAAUUACGAUUAUUAUU